CAGUGGAGAGAAGGAACCAGAAAGAGAACCUACAACAGUCACACCAAUAUUCACAUUACCUCCAAAAACAGAGCGCACAGAGGAAACUGAGAGUGCAAUGACAGAAAUGGUAGAUGAACAAGAAUUCCCUACUACACUCCCCACACCUACAACUGAAAGCCAACUAACCAAGUUUACAGAUGAAACAGAGACAGUCAAUACAAAUGGGGGGAAUGAACCUGAGGAACCGGAGUCCACUUCAGAAUCUUUAAUAUCUACAACAAUCUCAGAAACAGUAGGUGAAACCAUAAACGAUCAAGAACCUACACUCAUGACAGAACCAACAGAAAGUAUAGAUGAACUUUCAGUUACCACAGAUAGCUUGCAGACAGAGUGCAUAGAUGAAACUGAGAGUGCAAUGACAGAAAUGGUAGAUGAACAAGAAUUCCCUACUACACUCCCCACACCUACAACUGAAAGCCAACUAACCAAGUUUACAGAUGAAACAGAGACAGUCAACACAAAUGGGGGGAACGAACCUGAGGAACCGGAGUCCACUUCAGAAUCUUUAAUAUCUACAACAAUCUCACAAACAGUAGGUGAAACCAUAAACGAUCAAGAACCUACACUCAUGACAGAACCAACAGAAAGUAUAGAUGAACCUUCAGCUACCACAGACAGCUUGCAGACAGAGUGCACAGAUGAAACUGAGAGUGCAAUGACAGAAAUGGUAGAUGAACAAGAAUUCCCUACUACACUCCCCACACCUACAACUGAAAGCCAACUAACCAAGUUUACAGAUGAAACAGAGACAGUCAACACAAAUGGGGGGAACGAACCUGAGGAACCGGAGUCCACUUCAGAAUCUUUAAUAUCUACAACAAUCUCAGAAACAGUAGGUGAAACCAUAAACGAUCAAGAACCUACACUCAUGACAGAACCAACAGAAAGUAUAGAUGAACUUUCAGUUACCACAGAUAGCUUGCAGACAGAGUGCAUAGAUGAAACUGAGAGUGCAAUGACAGAAAUGGUAGAUGAACAAGAAUUCCCUACUACACUCCCCACACCUACAACUGAAAGUCAACUAACCAAGUUUACAGAUGAAACAGAGACAGUCAACACAAAUGGGGGGAACGAACCUGAGGAACCGGAGUCCACUUCAGAAUCUUUAAUAUCUACAACAAUCUCACAAACAGUAGGUGAAACCAUAAACGAUCAAGAACCUACACUCAUGACAGAACCAACAGAAAGUAUAGAUGAACCUUCAGCUACCACAGACAGCUUGCAGACAGAGUGCACAGAUGAAACUGAGAGUGCAAUGACAGAAAUGGUAGAUGAACAAGAAUUCCCUACUACACUCCCCACACCUACAACUGAAAGCCAACUAACCAAGUUUACAGAUGAAACAGAGACAGUCAAUACAAAUGGGGAGAACGAACCUGAGGAACCGGAGUCCACUUCAGAAUCAUUAAUAUCUACAACAAUCUCACAAACAGUAGGUGAAACCAUAAACGAUCAAGAACCUACACUCAUGACAGAACCAACAGAAAGUAUAGAUGAACUUUCAGUUACCACAGAUAGCUUGCAGACAGAGUGCAUAGAUGAAACUGAGAGUGCAAUGACAGAAAUGGUAGAUGAACAAGAAUUCCCUACUACACUCCCCACACCUACAACUGAAAGCCAACUAACCAAGUUUACAGAUGAAACAGAGACAGUCAACACAAAUGGGGAGAACGAACCUGAGGAACCGGAGUCCACUUCAGAAUCUUUAAUAUCUACAACAAUCUCACAAACAGUAGGUGAAACCAUAAACGAUCAAGAACCUACACUCAUGACAGAAUCAACAGAAAGUAUAGAUGAACCUUCAGCUACCACAGACAGCUUGCAGACAGAGUGCACAGAUGAAACUGAGAGUGCAAUGACAGAAAUGGUAGAUGAACAAGAAUUCCCUACUACACUCCCCACACCUACAACUGAAAGCCAACUAACCAAGUUUACAGAUGAAACAGAGACAGUCAAUACAAAUGGGGAGAACGAACCUGAGGAACCGGAGUCCACUUCAGAAUCUUUAAUAUCUACAACAAUCUCACAAACAUUAGGUGAAACCAUAAACGAUCAAGAACCUACACUCAUGACAGAACCAACAGAAAGUAUAGAUGAACCUUCAGCUACCACAGACAGCUUGCAGACAGAGUGCACAGAUGAAACUGAGAGUGCAAUGACAGAAAUGGUAGAUGAACAAGAAUUCCCUACUACACUCCCCACACCUACAACUGAAAGCCAACUAACCAAGUUUACAGAUGAAACAGAGACAGUCAACACAAAUGGGGAGAACGAACCUGAGGAACCGGAGUCCACUUCAGAAUCUUUAAUAUCUACAACAAUCUCACAAACAGUAGGUGAAACCAUAAACGAUCAAGAACCUACACUCAUGACAGAACCAACAGAAAGUAUAGAUGAACCUUCAGCUACCACAGACAGCUUGCAGACAGAGUGCACAGAUGAAACUGAGAGUGCAAUGACAGAAAUGGUAGAUGAACAAGAAUUCCCUACUACACUCCCCACACCUACAACUGAAAGCCAACUAACCAAGUUUACAGAUGAAACAGAGACAGUCAACACAAAUGGGGAGAACGAACCUGAGGAACCGGAGUCCACUUCAGAAUCUUUAAUAUCUACAACAAUCUCACAAACAGUAGGUGAAACCAUAAACGAUCAAGAACCUACACUCAUGACAGAACCAACAGAAAGUAUAGAUGAACCUUCAGCUACCACAGACAGCUUGCAGACAGAGUGCACAGAUGAAACUGAGAGUGCAAUGACAGAAAUGGUAGAUGAACAAGAAUUCCCUACUACACUCCCCACACCUACAACUGAAAGUCAACUAACCAAGUUUACAGAUGAAACAGAGACAGUCAACACAAAUGGGGAGAACGAACCUGAGGAACCGGAGUCCACUUCAGAAUCUUUAAUAUCUACAACAAUCUCACAAACAGUAGGUGAAACCAUAAACGAUCAAGAACCUACACUCAUGACAGAACCAACAGAAAGUAUAGAUGAACCUUCAGCUACCACAGACAGCUUGCAGACAGAGUGCACAGAUGAAACUGAGAGUGCAAUGACAGAAAUGGUAGAUGAACAAGAAUUCCCUACUACACUCCCCACACCUACAACUGAAAACCAACUAACCAAGUUUACAGAUGAAACAGAGACAGUCAACACAAAUGGGGAGAACGAACCUGAGGAACCGGAGUCCACUUCAGAAUCUUUAAUAUCUACAACAAUCUCACAAACAGUAGGUGAAACCAUAAACGAUCAAGAACCUACACUCAUGACAGAACCAACAGAAAGUAUAGAUGAACCUUCAGCUACCACAGACAGCUUGCAGACAGAGUGCACAGAUGAAACUGAGAGUGCAAUGACAGAAAUGGUAGAUGAACAAGAAUUCCCUACUACACUCCCCACACCUACAACUGAAAGUCAACUAACCAAGUUUACAGAUGAAACAGAGACAGUCAACACAAAUGGGGGGAACGAACCUGAGGAACCGGAGUCCACUUCAGAAUCUUUAAUAUCUACAACAAUCUCACAAACAGUAGGUGAAACCAUAAACGAUCAAGAACCUACACUCAUGACAGAACCAACAGAAAGUAUAGAUGAACUUUCAGUUACCACAGAUAGCUUGCAGACAGAGUGCAUAGAUGAAACUGAGAGUGCAAUGACAGAAAUGGUAGAUGAACAAGAAUUCCCUACUACACUCCCCACACCUACAACUGAAAGCCAACUAACCAAGUUUACAGAUGAAACAGAGACAGUCAAUACAAAUGGGGAGAACGAACCUGAGGAACCGGAGUCCACUUCAGAAUCUUUAAUAUCUACAACAAUCUCACAAACAGUAGGUGAAACCAUAAACGAUCAAGAACCUACACUCAUGACAGAACCAACAGAAAGUAUAGAUGAACUUUCAGUUACCACAGAUAGCUUGCAGACAGAGUGCAUAGAUGAAACUGAGAGUGCAAUGACAGAAAUGGUAGAUGAACAAGAAUUCCCUACUACACUCCCCACACCUACAACUGAAAGCCAACUAACCAAGUUUACAGAUGAAACAGAGACAGUCAACACAAAUGGGGAGAACGAACCUGAGGAACCGGAGUCCACUUCAGAAUCUUUAAUAUCUACAACAAUCUCACAAACAGUAGGUGAAACCAUAAACGAUCAAGAACCUACACUCAUGACAGAAUCAACAGAAAGUAUAGAUGAACCUUCAGCUACCACAGACAGCUUGCAGACAGAGUGCACAGAUGAAACUGAGAGUGCAAUGACAGAAAUGGUAGAUGAACAAGAAUUCCCUACUACACUCCCCACACCUACAACUGAAAGCCAACUAACCAAGUUUACAGAUGAAACAGAGACAGUCAAUACAAAUGGGGAGAACGAACCUGAGGAACCGGAGUCCACUUCAGAAUCUUUAAUAUCUACAACAAUCUCACAAACAUUAGGUGAAACCAUAAACGAUCAAGAACCUACACUCAUGACAGAACCAACAGAAAGUAUAGAUGAACCUUCAGCUACCACAGACAGCUUGCAGACAGAGUGCACAGAUGAAACUGAGAGUGCAAUGACAGAAAUGGUAGAUGAACAAGAAUUCCCUACUACACUCCCCACACCUACAACUGAAAGCCAACUAACCAAGUUUACAGAUGAAACAGAGACAGUCAACACAAAUGGGGAGAACGAACCUGAGGAACCGGAGUCCACUUCAGAAUCUUUAAUAUCUACAACAAUCUCACAAACAGUAGGUGAAACCAUAAACGAUCAAGAACCUACACUCAUGACAGAACCAACAGAAAGUAUAGAUGAACUUUCAGUUACCACAGAUAGCUUGCAGACAGAGUGCAUAGAUGAAACUGAGAGUGCAAUGACAGAAAUGGUAGAUGAACAAGAAUUCCCUACUACACUCCCCACACCUACAACUGAAAGCCAACUAACCAAGUUUACAGAUGAAACAGAGACAGUCAAUACAAAUGGGGAGAACGAACCUGAGGAACCGGAGUCCACUUCAGAAUCUUUAAUAUCUACAACAAUCUCACAAACAGUAGGUGAAACCAUAAACGAUCAAGAACCUACACUCAUGACAGAACCAACAGAAAGUAUAGAUGAACCUUCAGCUACCACAGACAGCUUGCAGACAGAGUGCACAGAUGAAACUGAGAGUGCAAUGACAGAAAUGGUAGAUGAACAAGAAUUCCCUACUACACUCCCCACACCUACAACUGAAAGCCAACUAACCAAGUUUACAGAUGAAACAGAGACAGUCAACACAAAUGGGGAGAACGAACCUGAGGAACCGGAGUCCACUUCAGAAUCUUUAAUAUCUACAACAAUCUCACAAACAGUAGGUGAAACCAUAAACGAUCAAGAACCUACACUCAUGACAGAACCAACAGAAAGUAUAGAUGAACCUUCAGCUACCACAGACAGCUUGCAGACAGAGUGCACAGAUGAAACUGAGAGUGCAAUGACAGAAAUGGUAGAUGAACAAGAAUUCCCUACUACACUCCCCACACCUACAACUGAAAACCAACUAACCAAGUUUACAGAUGAAACAGAGACAGUCAACACAAAUGGGGAGAACGAACCUGAGGAACCGGAGUCCACUUCAGAAUCUUUAAUAUCUACAACAAUCUCACAAACAGUAGGUGAAACCAUAAACGAUCAAGAACCUACACUCAUGACAGAACCAACAGAAAGUAUAGAUGAACCUUCAGCUACCACAGACAGCUUGCAGACAGAGUGCACAGAUGAAACUGAGAGUGCAAUGACAGAAAUGGUAGAUGAACAAGAAUUCCCUACUACACUCCCCACACCUACAACUGAAAGUCAACUAACCAAGUUUACAGAUGAAACAGAGACAGUCAACACAAAUGGGGGGAACGAACCUGAGGAACCGGAGUCCACUUCAGAAUCUUUAAUAUCUACAACAAUCUCACAAACAGUAGGUGAAACCAUAAACGAUCAAGAACCUACACUCAUGACAGAACCAACAGAAAGUAUAGAUGAACUUUCAGUUACCACAGAUAGCUUGCAGACAGAGUGCAUAGAUGAAACUGAGAGUGCAAUGACAGAAAUGGUAGAUGAACAAGAAUUCCCUACUACACUCCCCACACCUACAACUGAAAGCCAACUAACCAAGUUUACAGAUGAAACAGAGACAGUCAAUACAAAUGGGGAGAACGAACCUGAGGAACCGGAGUCCACUUCAGAAUCUUUAAUAUCUACAACAAUCUCACAAACAGUAGGUGAAACCAUAAACGAUCAAGAACCUACACUCAUGACAGAACCAACAGAAAGUAUAGAUGAACUUUCAGUUACCACAGAUAGCUUGCAGACAGAGUGCAUAGAUGAAACUGAGAGUGCAAUGACAGAAAUGGUAGAUGAACAAGAAUUCCCUACUACACUCCCCACACCUACAACUGAAAGCCAACUAACCAAGUUUACAGAUGAAACAGAGACAGUCAAUACAAAUGGGGAGAACGAACCUGAGGAACCGGAGUCCACUUCAGAAUCUUUAAUAUCUACAACAAUCUCACAAACAGUAGGUGAAACCAUAAACGAUCAAGAACCUACACUCAUGACAGAACCAACAGAAAGUAUAGAUGAACCUUCAGCUACCACAGACAGCUUGCAGACAGAGUGCACAGAUGAAACUGAGAGUGCAAUGACAGAAAUGGUAGAUGAACAAGAAUUCCCUACUACACUCCCCACACCUACAACUGAAAGCCAACUAACCAAGUUUACAGAUGAAACAGAGACAGUCAACACAAAUGGGGAGAACGAACCUGAGGAACCGGAGUCCACUUCAGAAUCUUUAAUAUCUACAACAAUCUCACAAACAGUAGGUGAAACCAUAAACGAUCAAGAACCUACACUCAUGACAGAACCAACAGAAAGUAUAGAUGAACUUUCAGUUACCACAGAUAGCUUGCAGACAGAGUGCAUAGAUGAAACUGAGAGUGCAAUGACAGAAAUGGUAGAUGAACAAGAAUUCCCUACUACACUCCCCACACCUACAACUGAAAGCCAACUAACCAAGUUUACAGAUGAAACAGAGACAGUCAAUACAAAUGGGGAGAACGAACCUGAGGAACCGGAGUCCACUUCAGAAUCUUUAAUAUCUACAACAAUCUCACAAACAGUAGGUGAAACCAUAAACGAUCAAGAACCUACACUCAUGACAGAACCAACAGAAAGUAUAGAUGAACUUUCAGUUACCACAGAUAGCUUGCAGACAGAGUGCAUAGAUGAAACUGAGAGUGCAAUGACAGAAAUGGUAGAUGAACAAGAAUUCCCUACUACACUCCCCACACCUACAACUGAAAGUCAACUAACCAAGUUUACAGAUGAAACAGAGACAGUCAACACAAAUGGGGGGAACGAACCUGAGGAACCGGAGUCCACUUCAGAAUCUUUAAUAUCUACAACAAUCUCACAAACAGUAGGUGAAACCAUAAACGAUCAAGAACCUACACUCAUGACAGAACCAACAGAAAGUAUAGAUGAACUUUCAGUUACCACAGAUAGCUUGCAGACAGAGUGCAUAGAUGAAACUGAGAGUGCAAUGACAGAAAUGGUAGAUGAACAAGAAUUCCCUACUACACUCCCCACACCUACAACUGAAAGCCAACUAACCAAGUUUACAGAUGAAACAGAGACAGUCAAUACAAAUGGGGAGAACGAACCUGAGGAACCGGAGUCCACUUCAGAAUCUUUAAUAUCUACAACAAUCUCACAAACAGUAGGUGAAACCAUAAACGAUCAAGAACCUACACUCAUGACAGAACCAACAGAAAGUAUAGAUGAACCUUCAGCUACCACAGACAGCUUGCAGACAGAGUGCACAGAUGAAACUGAGAGUGCAAUGACAGAAAUGGUAGCUGAACAAGAAUUCCCUACUACACUCCCCACACCUACAACUGAAAGCCAACUAACCAAGUUUACAGAUGAAACAGAGACAGUCAACACAAAUGGGGAGAACGAACCUGAGGAACCGGAGUCCACUUCAGAAUCUUUAAUAUCUACAACAAUCUCACAAACAGUAGGUGAAACCAUAAACGAUCAAGAACCUACACUCAUGACAGAACCAACAGAAAGUAUAGAUGAACCUUCAGCUACCACAGACAGCUUGCAGACAGAGUGCACAGAUGAAACUGAGAGUGCAAUGACAGAAAUUAUAGAUGAACUCCCUCCUACAGAUGGAUGUCCAGAAACUGAGAUUACAGAAAAUCGAACAGAAAAUAUAGAAUAUCUUCCCAUUGAAGAAACUGACAAUCCAACAACAGAAAAUGUAGAAGAACCAUCAACUACCAUUGCAGAAACUGACAAUCCAACAACAGAAAAUGUAGAAGAACCAUCAACUACCAUUGCAGAAACUGACAAUCCAACAACAGAAAAUGUAGAAUAUCUUCCCAUUGAAGAAACUGACAAUCCAACAACAGAAAAUGUAGAAGAACCAUCAACUACCAUUGCAGAAACUGACAAUCCAACAACAGAAAAUGUAGAAGAACCAUCACCUACCAUAGAAGAAAGUACAACACAUGACAAGCCCCUACCUACUACAUUUAGCCCAGAGACUGAAAAUCCACCCACAAAAACUACCCAAGAAACAGAUAAUCAACCAACAGAAAGUGUUCACGUAUCUUUACCCAUACCAGAAAGCUUGAAGACAGAACAUGAAACGGACUUUCCAGUUUUGCCGGUUUGCAAAGGAUUGGUCCAUCGAACUGCUGCAGUGAUAAGUCACUGUAGGGAAAGAAUGCGUUUGAAUCCAGGGAAGAAAUCAAAUGAGACAAGUGCCUCAGACAAUGUAUCACAAGAACUACUCUACAUCACAAUCACCCCAGAGACAACAGAUCCAAGCUCAGAAUCACUGACCAUAUGUGAGGAUGAGACAGAGGAUGGAGAUCCUAGUACAGACAACAGCAACCUGUCCCAUCCAUCCAGCAAAGAUGAACAUUUCUACUACUCUAAUGGAAAGCUGAAGAGAAUCCAAAAUAACGUAAAUCCUAAAGAGUCCGCUACAGACACUGCACCAGGAGAAGUCACUGAGGCCCCAGAAACAACAGGCCCAGAAUCAAUAACCAUAUCUGUGGACGAGACAGAGGAUGGAGGUCCUAGUGAAAUCAGCCAAACAGAUGGAGAAGAGCAUCACAAGGAGCAUGAGUCAAUUACAGACAUUAACAACCCGUCCAGCGAUAGCAAUGAUGAACAUUUUUACUACUUUAAUGGAAAGCAGAAGAAAGUCAGAAAUAACUUCUAUCCUAAGGUGAACGAUAUGUUAAAUACACACCCCAGCCAUAGCUCCAAAAUUGCUGAAGGGCAAAUGAAUGUCAAAAGUAUAUCUGAUUCUUUGAUCUCACAGGAGAAAAGAGACUUAACAUCUGGGGAAAGCCUCAGAAGACAUAAACGCAAUACUUUCAAUGGUCAUCAUUACCAUUCUGACCCAUCAGGUAGUGUCAAAAUGAGGCUGAUGAAUGCUGAUGGGAUGUCUCAGAAUGUCCACACAGAGAGAACCGAGAGUCAAACCAAGUUGGAGAUACUAGAGCCAACCACAGCAUCCGAAUCAGACAGAGAGAUCAACACACAUAAAGAGAGAAGAGGGCUAUCCUCUGAGAUGCAAGUAAACACAACCCAUGACAAACAGUCAGUGAAUCUGGCUCAGGUCAUAAUUCAGGGCCACAAUGCCUCUCAAUUGGACAAAAAGUUGCCUAUAACCCAACCAACUGGACAGCAGACUUUGUUGAAGUCACAUGAUGGCUCAGAGCCCAAUGGACAGACGCUAAAGACAACCCUCUGCCAAGGCCUAAUUCACCGUGGGGGAUCUGUGACAUACUGUUUAUGGAGGAACUACCGUUACAAGGCCCGGAGAAAGCAUAUCUACAAUGAGACUCCGGCCACCCAGGGCCAACAGGACUCAGGAGACAAUAAACCUCACACCUGGAAACCUAAGGAGAGUAAUAAUCGUGUCACCGUGACCCCAAUUCCCUCUCAACCAGACCAGACAGAUGUCACAGCUAUUAACACCUCUGAAGAGCCAGGUUUGGCAGGUGACACCUCAGGGGCAUUGAUAGUUAAAACAGCAGAUGAACUCAGGGGCGGAGGGAAAGUCCUGACAAUCCUCCGUAGCCAUUCUUUACUCAUGGAUGGCUUUCUUAUUUGCAGGGGUCUUGUGAGUCGAGAAGCCAUGUCCCUGAAGAGAUGUGUUGUUAGAAUGAAACAGAAGAUACAUUUAAACAAUUAGCUCCCUCAAGUUAUUAUAACAAUGUGAAAACUUUAAAAGCCCUGGAGAAGUCCACUCAUCUGGUCAAACUGAAGAAAAGCAUAAGGAUGUAAAGAUUUAAAUGAAUACCAAAAGUAUGUGGACACCUGCUCGUCGAACAUCUCAUUCCAAAAUCAUGGGCAUUAGUAUGGGGUUGAUCCCCCCUUUGCUGCU